GCAGGUACGUGCGAGUACGGCACCAGCAAUUGGUGGGGUGUCUGAUCAUGGUGUACGUCAAAGCUCACGUGGCCGAGCACGUGCGCGAUGUAGCUGACACGUGGGUGGGGGUGGGCCUGAUGAAUAUGAUGGGUAACAAGGGAGGGGUGGCUGUCCGCUUCAGAUUACACGAUACGUCCUUCCUGUUUAUUAAUAGCCAUUUGGCGGCCCAUCAGGAUAUGGUGGAGAGACGGAACCAGGACUUUGACCAAAUACAAAGGCGGCUGGUGCUACCCCCCCUGGCCCCAAGUGUGCCGCACGAGACGGCCUCGUUAGACAAGACAACCAUCCACGACUACGACCGUGUGGUGUGGAUGGGUGAUCUCAACUACCGCAUCGAUCUGUCCAAUAAGAAGACGCGCACGCUGAUCGACGGAUCUGAUUGGUCGGAUCUGUACUGCAGCGACCAGCUGAUGAAGGAGAGGGCCAAGGGACGGGUGUUUAACGGAUUCAAGGAAGAAGAGAUAACCUUCCCUCCAACGUACAAGUUCGAUUUUGGAACAGACAUGUACGAUACAAGUGAGAAACAACGCAUUCCUGCAUGGACUGACCGAGUGCUUUACAAGCCAGAAGGCAUCAGCUGUAGCAACUACACCAGUCACCCGACCAUAAUGAUCAGUGAUCAUAAGCCUGUAAGCGCUGUGCUGAGUGUGGAUGUGAACAUUGUGGAUGAGGCUAAGCUGGAAACAGUGUACCAGAACGUCUUGCGCGACAAUGACCGACUCAAGAAUAUUGCUCUCCCAGACGCUACUGUGGAUACCAAUAUGGUUGAGUUUGGUGACUUGAGGUAUAUGGAGGCCAUUAAGCACCAGGUGAAGUUGACUAAUGUGGGUUAUGAUACUGUGAGGUGGUGCUUUGUGGCCCGUUCGAAGGACUCGGCCGACGAACAAAGUCGCAAAUCACAGAAGUUCCAUGACUCAUGGUUGGUAGUCAGUCCGUUGAGAGGCUCCCUCGCACCCGGUGAAUCAUGCGAAUUUACAAUAGAAGCAAAUGUGGGACCAAACACAGCUCACCGACACAAUAUGACACCGCACAAGAACGAAACUAGCGUGCAGUAA